GGAUUCAAGAUCAGAUGUCAGUGGGGUUGAAGGAUGUUGAAGGUAACCGACCAUGUUUGAUUUGGGGACUGACGCGUAGUAAAAACGACCGAGGACCCUGGUGGAAAAACUGAAUGAUAUAUCCCGGAGUGAAGAGCGACGUCCAUAAAUAAUUUACAGACCAUGAACUAUGUGGGUCAGCUGGCGGGCCAGGUGUUUGUGCAGGUCAAGGAGCUGUACAGAGGACUCAACCCUGCAACGCUGUCUGGAUGUAUAGAUGUCAUUGUGGUCCGGCAACCUGAUGGCUCCCUGCAGUGCUCCCCUUUCCACGUUCGGUUCGGAAAGAUGGGUGUGCUGCGAUCUCGUGAGAAAGUGGUGGACAUAGAGAUUAAUGGAGAGCCGGUGAGUUUGCACAUGAAGCUGGGAGAGAAUGGAGAGGCUUUCUUCGUCAAAGAGACAGAGAACAAACUGGAAGUGGUUCCAUCCUACCUUGCAACAUCACCAAUCAUGUCGACAGGGGAAGAGUUGAUGCAGUCCAAGCUGGGCAGGGGCAUUUCUCAUCACCAUGACACCAUCCCUUCCAGCUCACUUCCUGUCCAAAGCCUGGGUACGCAGCAUGGGGAUGGAGGGACAAACAAAAAGAGGAGAAAGAGGAGGAAGAAGGCAAGGCCAGAGGGAGGUGGAGGAGCAGGAGGGAGGAGAGAAGAGAGCGCAGAUGAGUUCUCAGAGGAUGAGAACAUGUUCACUAUCGACUUAAGUUCAGAUGAGGAGAGGGAAGGGGACAGCAGCAGAUCAGUGUACAGCCAUCAGGAGUCUAAAGCCAACAUCAACACACACCCCAUCAACGACUGGACUCGCUUACAGAGUAAUGUGAUUAAAGAGACUCUCUCCAUCCCUCCACCCUGUGGUUUGUCCAUCUCUUGUCCUCAGAGGACUUCCCAAUUCUCUUUUCAUGUUAGCAGUCAAGAUGAUUCGCGGUCAUCAACACCAAAGAGUGACUCAGAGCUGAACAAUCAGACUAACCCAGAGAUGCUGUGGACCUGGGGGGAGCUGCCACAGGCUGCCCAGCCUUCCUUCUUGACUUCCCACCAGAAACAGGACUCUGCUGCAGCUCUCUCCAUCCCAGUGACUGCUAACACUCACUUCAGAGCCAUCAGUGACACCAGGAAUCCCUCCAUCACUGUAUGCACCCCCCAGCAAGAGGAGACCACCACUGUUGAAGCAGACAAGGACACUGAGGAAAAUAGAAGUGCUGGCAGGGUGAGACUGGAUAUUAAGUCUGGGGACACACCUGGAGAAGAGCAUGGAAAAGAAGUGGAGAAUGUUGGGCCAUUAUGUGCAGAGAUGGAGGGUUUAACAGCCUGUUCAGUAUCGCAGAGGAUCCUCCCUGAUCAUCUGGAUGAAAGCAGGAACAGAGGAAGUCCAAUCAGAAGGACUGAUUCACCGACCAAGAAGAAGGAAAAGAGAAGCCAGCACCUUGGUGCUGAUGGCAUAUAUCUGGAUGACAUUACAGAGCUGGAGCCUGAAGUUGCUGCUCUCUACUUCCCUAAAAGUGAUCUAGGCUGCAGCUCAAUUAGGGGGGACUCAGAAAUGAUGAUGAUGGGUGUGAGGAGUACUAACCAGUCCCCACAGUCAGUAGGCAGCAGUGGGAUGGACAGUGGUGUGGACAGUUUGUUGGACCAAAUGAGCGACCUGCCUCACGUGGCUAUCUCUUUGUGUGGAGGACUCACUGACAACAAGGAGAUCACAAGAGAACAAUUUUUGGAGCGAGCAAUUUCUUACCAGCAGUUCUCUGAAAAUCCCUCAAUCAUCGAUGACCCUAACCUGGUGGUCAAAAUAGGAAACAAGUACUACAACUGGAACACAGCAGCUCCCGUCAUGUUGGCCAUGCAGGUCUACAAGAAACCCCUGCCACAGUGCUGGUGUUUGAGUUAUGUCUUUUCGGCUUUUGGCUUCUUCUCUUACUGCCUUCCUGGUCUGUUUGGCUCCAGCACUUCCCAGCCUGCAUCAGUGGAGAACAUCAUGAAGGAGAAGAUGCCAAAGAAAGGAGGGCGCUGGUGGUUCUCAUGGAGAAGCAGGAACAGUGACUCCAAGGCGGAAGCAGUGACAGAAGCAGGGGGUGACGGAGAAGAAAGCUCUCUCAGUGUGACCUCUGUUAACAGGAUGAAUGAUGACUCAUCAAGUGAUGAGGAGGACAGGUCAUCCAAUCUGGUGACAGGAUCCUGUCCGUCAGAGUCCCUCUUGAGUCCCGGAAGUGUCUGUUAUAAGAAGACUCUUCGGCUCUCUUCAGACCAACUGGCUAGCCUGCAGUUGAAAGAAGGUCCUAAUGAGGUAGUUUUCAGUGUGACCACCCAGUAUCAAGGCACCUGUCGCUGCCAUGGUACAAUCUAUCUUUGGAGUUGGGAUGACAAGAUAGUCAUCUCAGAUAUUGAUGGAACCAUUACCAGGUCUGACACCCUUGGCCACAUCCUCCCCACGCUGGGUAAAGACUGGACUCACCAGGGUAUUGCACGGCUCUACCACAGAGUCAGCCUAAAUGGAUAUAAAUUCAUGUACUGCUCAGCGAGGGCCAUCGGCAUGGCUGAUAUGACACGAGGAUACCUGCACUGGGUCAACGAGAGGGGGACCAUGUUGCCAAUGGGCCCAGUGCUGCUCAGCCCCAGCAGUCUUUUUUCUGCCUUUCACAGGGAGGUGAUUGAGAAGAAACCAGAGAAAUUCAAGAUCGAGUGUCUCUCAGACAUCAAACAUCUUUUCUACCCUAACACUGAACCCUUCUACGCAGCCUUUGGUAACAGAGCUACGGAUGUGUAUUCCUAUAAGGAGGUGGGCAUUCCUCUGAACAGGAUUUUCACUGUCAAUCCCAAGGGAGAGCUGAUACAGGAGCAUGCCAAAACCAAUAUCUCCUCCUUUGGGCGCCUUUGUGAGAUGGUUGACCAUGUCUUCCCAGUCCUGGUUCAAGAUGAGGAAGCAGACUUCCCCCGAUCUGAUACUUUUGAUCAGGUCAGCUACUGGAGAAAAGAGCUUCCUGAUGGCACCAGCCAGGAAGAAGAAGAUGAGCAACCUCCUGUGACAAGCUGAAGAAACCCCAUUGAUCUAUUACAGAGGCUGCUAAACUCCUGCUUUUGUCUGCACUACCGGCAGGAAACUGAGGCCAGUGGUUUUCUACUUCAUCUGGAAGCCGGCAGCCUGGCCCAGGAGUGACUGUUUUAGAGUGAAGAAUUAUGUUGGAAACAGCCAGUAAGCUUUUCCUGACAUGGAAAAUGAAGGUAGCAUUUAGGCAAAAAGAUGACACUUUAAAGAAGUAAAAGCAACUACUGAUUCUUUGUAAAUGAAUGUCUCUCCAAAUUCCCUUAUUAACAAAUCAUUAAUUUCUGAUUCAGUAAUGAGACACAAGCAGUCCUGGAAGCUAAGAUAACAUAAGUAUUAAUGGGAAUAAAAUGGCUGCUGUAGGGAAAAAAGCUUAAGAAAAGGGAAAAGAAGACAAAAGAUAAUUAUAAUUUGAAUUGAACUGAUACAGUUCCUUCUGACACAGGGUCACAGAUCCCCAUAUAUCACUGGCUCACUAACAAAUACACUUAAUAACACGUUAUAGAGAAAAUGCACUGUAAGAUAGUAUCCUCUGUAAGAGAUGCUUAUGUUUGUAUUAUUCUCUCCACAAUCCCACACUUAUCACUUAGAAAUUAAUUUGACAUGUAAUCAGUGAUAAAUCUGUGAAAAUCUUGGUGCAAUAUAUAUUUUUAAAUGUUUUCUAUGUAAGAAUAGAAACUUUUUUACUCAUCGCAUGUAAAAUUUCUAACAAAUAGUAAGCAGAGACACCGAAUCUAGGUUAUAAGUUGUACCAGGUACAGUGGGCACUUUGCAGCAGAGUCCCAACACUUAAGAGCAGCAAAUAAUCCAGGUGAUAUAAAUAGAAAAAUAAAGCACAGAUAGUGUAUCCAGACACCAUCUGUGCCAAACUCUUCUGCAGGUCCAGCUCAGUGUCUGUGUGUCGAUGUGUGUGUGUGUGUGUGUGUGUGUGUGUGGUCUUUUGACCGUGCCACUGUGAAACUUGUGGCCAUAGUACAUUUUAUAGUGUUAAAUAAUUAUUUUCAAGAUAAAUGCACAACAAUGCAAACUAAUUUAGUAUGUUUUAAUUAUUUUUUGUUAUCUUACAUGUGCAAAUAAAGGAAGUUUAGUGGUGUGUGAGAAUGUAAUGUGGAAAUCACUCAUCAUUCAAAGAACUAAUGCUCAUCAAUGCAACUAUUUAAUAAGCCUAGGUAGGACUAAAGCGAUUUUGUAAUGUUACUACACAUAUCAGUACACUUCUAUCUACUGCACUUACCCACUCUUUUGAAGAUUCCUGUAAUAGAUGCAGUGGGAAGUUCAAUAACUUUUCUUUUACUUUUUUUUUUUUUUAUGUUAUCAUGCUUUUACCCUUUGAUUAAAUCACAACUACUGUACCAUAUUUAUCCAAGAUGGAAGCAUGUCUGUAUAUUUAUAUAACUUAAACAUGGGGAGACCACUGUAAAUAAUAUUUGUUAACAUCAGUGAUCAUAUGAACUGACUUUUUUUCAAAGCUCUUGUGAUCUGAUGUCUAAAAUAUUUUUGUUACUGGUGCUUAUUGAAAUGCAUGUACAUCCAUUUAAAUGCAUUACUGUAAAUUUCUGUUUAAAAAAAAAAAAGAAAAGAAAAAGAAAAAACAAACUUGCUGUGUGUUGUGGCAUUUUAGCCAUGUGACCACUAAGGCAAUACAUUAAUAUGCAGUAUUUUAGGGAAUAUGUUGAUAACUUCUUUCCUCAUUUCAUGCCAGCUAUUAAGUCUUUAUAAUUUAGCUUUUUUUUGGUACUUUUGUAAAAAAAAAAUACUCAAAGUAAUUCAUUAUUCUUAAUUUCCUUUAACAAAUAAAGUUUAUAUCACUGUGUCCUGUUCUAAGGAAAAGCUAGAAUACACUCAUUAAGCCCUCUGAUUAAUGGUGACUGAGUCUCUGUUAUACUGUUAUAUAGUGUCUGUACAGGCUGCUGUGUCUGUGGUUCUGUACUGUGAUUGUUUUUGCCUAGAACAAAACUAAGCAGGAAUGAACGUCUUAUUGAAUCUAAAACUGUUGAUGUUCACGCCUUUAGGAAUUUGAAUGCUGUUUGAAGCAUGCUGUUGUAACUUUAAGAUGUAUGUUUAUAUGGGUGGUCUUUAAGAAAGAUGCAUUGCCUUUAAAAAGGCGAAAUCACAUGAAAAGUUACCAUGUGUCAAAAGUUUUACUAGUCUGUUAUCUUUUGAUGAAUAUCAUUUAAUUCUUUCUGUGAAAGAGAAAUUUAAAUGUGUGACUAGUUUUCAGUCCCUCUCUGUGUAGACAUCAAGUUUGCUUUCUUCCAAGUGAAGUUGUGGUUUUGCACUAAUAAGCAGUGUGCAGUGCAAGCUGUUAACAAAGUAGUUGAAUCUGCAAAAUAAACAUUUUUUAGUAAA